CUCGCCCCCAUAUUAUCGCAACUACCCCGCCCUGCCCCGUACACAAGCAUAAGCUUUGAUCUGUUACGUUGCAUCUACACGCAGCCCGCGCAACCAUGGCCGUGUCGGAGGUGGCGGUCGACGGCGUCGUCUUCCCGCCGGUGGCACGCCCGCCGGGCUCCGGCCGCUCGCACUUCCUCGCCGGCGCAGGUGUGCGAGGGAUGGAGAUUGGCGGCAACUUCAUCAAGUUCACGGCCAUCGGCGUGUACCUGGAGGAGGGCGCCGCCGUGUCCGCGCUGGCGAAGAAGUGGGCAGGGAAGUCCGCCGACGAGCUCGCCGCCGACGUCGCCUUCUUCCGCGACGUCGUCACGGGCGACUUCGAGAAGUUCACGCGGGUGACGAUGAUCCUGCCGCUCACGGGCGAGCAGUACUCGGACAAGGUGACGGAGAACUGCGUGGCGUACUGGAAGGCCGUCGGCGCGUACACGGACGCCGAGGGCGCCGCCGUGGACAAGUUCAAGGAGGCCUUCAAGCCCGAGACGUUCCCGCCGGGCGCGUCCAUCCUCUUCACGCACUCGCCCGCCGGAGUCCUCACCGUCGCGUUCUCCAAGGACUCGUCGGUGCCGGACUCCGGCGGCGUGGCGAUCGACAACAAGCCCCUCUGCGAGGCCGUACUGGAGUCCAUCAUCGGGGAGCACGGCGUCUCGCCGGCCGCGAAGCUGAGCGUCGCGGCGAGGGUGUCGGAGCUGCUCAAAGAGGCCAGCCCGGCCGGCGGCGCGCCACGGGCGGCGGAGCCCGCGGUCCCGGUCUCCGCGUGAGCAGGGCCGCGAGGGGAGGAAGAGUCAGGCAGUCAGGCGAUGGCAUCUGCCGGCCGGCGUCUAAGAUGUGUACUAGGCUUCGGAUCCCCCGUACAUGCCGUACGCUGUUGGCGUGUGAGCCGGCGGUGACCUGAACGAAUAAAGAAACGCUGAUACUCAUGUUGCAUCUACGACUCCGAUGAUUAAAUUCCCCAGGGCGUGGGUCAAUUCGGGCUGCAUCU